GCAGCGUACGGACAGGGAGGUGUUUAGAAUCAAUCGUCCUGUCGUGUUUAUCAGAAAGUGAGAGGAAACUUGGUGAAGUCGCAGUUUCUUGUCAGGAGUAUGCAAGACUUUGUAUCAUGGCGAUAGGAAUUGGAAUAAUCGCUUUCAUCUUGGUGCUUGUGGCCAUCGUGACUGUCCCCUUGCUCAAGUUCAUCAGACUGUGGAUCAUCUUUAACAAGUUUCACGGCCCUCCUGCUAUCCCGUUGCUAGGCAACGCUCUUCAGUUCAAGCAGGAUCCUAACGAACUUGUAGAACAAGUCAGUGCUUGGGUGGAGGAGUACCGGACCAAGUCUAAAGGACUCAUGCGAUUAUGGCUCGGUCCUUUCCCCGUUCUUUUUAUCUACAACCCACACGAAGUUGAGCAAAUUCUAAGCAGCAGUCGUCACAUCAAGAAGGGGUUCGUCUACUCGUUCCUGGAGCCAUGGCUUGGCUUGGGCCUUCUUACAAGCACUGGUAAAAAAUGGUUUCAUCGCCGGAAGAUGCUAACCCCAACGUUCCACUUUGCCAUCCUGCACAAUUUCAUUGAGGUUUUCGACGAGCAGAGCAAUACCUUGUGCCAAAAGUUUGGCGAGUGCCCAAAAGCAGGAUCUGGUCAACAUCUGCCCCUUGUCACUCUAUGUGUGCUGGACAUCAUUAGUGAGACUGCUAUGGGCAAGCAACUACAUGCACAAGAUGAGAGCAACAAUGACUAUGUGAAUGCGGUUAUGAGAAUGAGUGAUAUUAUUCAGCAGAGACAGAAGAAGCCAUGGUUUUGGCCAGACCCACUUUUUGACAACACAAAAUCAGGCAAGGAGCAUGCUCAAUGUCUACAAAUACUACAUAAAAUGACAAAUACGCUCAUUGAUGAAAGAUCAAAGGAAGAAAAUCAGAAAGUGGAUAGCAACGACAAUGAUGGCUCGAAGAGAAGAAUCGCCUUCUUAGAUCUUCUGUUAAAGAUGCAGAGAGAUGAUCCAAGUUUUACUAAGAGUGAUAUCCGAGAGGAGGUGGACACAUUCAUGUUUGAGGGUCAUGACACAACAGCAGCGCUGGCUUCCUGGGCCAUGUUUCUUAUCGGACAUCAUACCAGGGUGCAGAAGAAAUUGCACCAGGAACUUGAUAGCGUCUUUGGUGACAGUGAUCGACCAGUGACGGCCGAUGAUCUUCAGAAGCUACCCUACCUGACGUGUGUCCUGAAGGAAACCCUGAGGAUCUUUCCGUCCGUACCCAUCGUAGGACGGGAUCUCCAAGAAGACUGUAUCAUUGAUGGUAAGUUAGCCCCUAGAGGCACGCUUCUCAUCAUCGCCAUAGGAUCUCUUCAUCGAGAUCCCACACAGUUCCCCGAACCGCUCAUGUUUGAUCCGGAUCGGUUUUUGCCGGAGUCUUCUUCAAAGAGACAUCCGUUUUCCUAUGUGCCUUUCUCCGCAGGACCACGGAAUUGUAUCGGUCAGCGAUUUGCUCUGAUGGAAGACAAGGUCUUGUUGGCCAACGUUCUGCGUUGCUUCUCCCUGGAGUCUACCCAGAGUCUCAAAGACACCAUGCCUAUCGCUGAGUUGAUCCUCCGCCCCUCGGAAGGCAUCCACAUGAAGAUCACACGCAGGAAAGGAAUAUCUAACCUUGAUAGCAAACUACUCCAAAGGAAGCAGAACAAUCAGAGAAGUAGACUGGUGACAGUAUAAUAACAUCAAACAAAAUGAGGAAGAUAUGAUUUGUUAAACUUUGUAAUCACUAUAAAUAUAAACACUUCAAAUUGGCUGAAUUGAUAAUGUCACUGUGACAUAGUGACAGAUAACUUUCCUUUGUUUUUACUCACAAAAUGUCUAAGAUGUCAAUUUUCUUAAUAAUUGACUCAGGAGGGUCUUCAUUUUAGAGGACAUGUUUUAAUAUGCUAUCCAUAUUUUGAGUAGUGCUCCAACAGAGAUGUUUUGGAGAAAAAGGGGAAUUGAUGUUUUUUGUACACAAAAACGGGAGAGUUGUCUGUCACUAUAUCACAAUCCACGGACCAAAUUGCCAAUAUGAGAUUUUGUAGAGACUUUGCGAUGGCAUAUUUCAAACAUGCAUAAUUCAUGUCCGAUUUAUUGCAAA